AUGUCAGGUCGCGGCCGAGGAGGCGGUGGGCGAGGAGCGUACUACAAGGCAAGAUAUGGCAAUCGAGGAGGGCGAGGUGGUGGCCAUUUCACCAACAACGAUGAUGCGUCCGACCAAGCGUCUUCAUCUCGUCAGAUUGAGGGACAAUCUCACGACUGGGCCCAUUUGCAAAGCACCCUUGCGAGUCUUGAUGGUGCUCAAUACGGAGCAUAUAAGAGACUACAGGGGCGGUACAGCCACGUCAAUCCGCGAUUUGUCCUGAGUGUCGACCACGUUCAGUCAGACGCCUACGCAGCUCCCUCUCGCAUCCGAGUCAUCGUGCCUUGGAAAGAAACCGCUCUCCCUGACGAGUACCUGGACUCCGAAAUCAGAAAAGUCGCUCUGUGUGAUUUUGUCUCUCGCGUGGCCGGAUCAAUCAUACAAGCAAAGCACCUCGAUCACAAUGUCGGAAGCGCAAAUGGCGGAUGGUCUGGCCCGAAGGGUGGAGCCUUUUCUUUCUGCAUGCCUGGUCAAGAAAUUCUCCCGCGAACCUCAGCCAUGAUUUCUGGAGACUCUUCUAUCGAGCUGCGUCUUGCAGUGUCGUUACCUGCGGCAGGACGCACCAUUCUAGGCCAGCAGGCCAAUACUAUCUUGUCCACAAACCUGGUAGCCCUUAUUAAAGGCUCACUAUUCCACGCACAGCUCGACCAAUCAAAAUUGGCACUGCACAUUCGUUCUGCUGAGGAUCAGCAGUCGCUUCGCCUACAACUUGAGAAGCGCGGGCUCAUAGCGUUUCUUGCAAACGGUUCAAUCUUACCGCGAGCCUCGGGGGCAUCACAAAAGCCUAUGGACGGAGGGACUGCGGUGCCAUUUCAAUCUCCGAAAGAGUUCGAAGUCACCAUUGAAACCUCGUCUGGGACAAAGUUCACAGGCAUGGGCAUCCCCAAAGGCAUAACGCUGCUCACAGGUGGGGGUUUUCACGGUAAGUCUGUGCUGCUUGCUGCGCUAGAGCUGGGCGUUUACAAUCACGUCCCUGGAGAUGGGAGAGAGGGCAUUGUCACGGAUCCUGGCAGUGUCAAGAUCAGAGCGGAGGACGGACGAGUUGUUUCCAAGACCGAUAUCAGCCCAUUCAUCUCAAAACUACCAGCCGGCAAGGACACAACAGUGUUUUCCACGGAGGACGCAAGUGGGUCUACUUCCAUGGCAGCCAACAUUCAGGAAGCUUUGGAGGUCGGAUGCACUACCUUACUGAUCGACGAGGACUGUAGCGCUACUAAUCCGCUGGUGCGGGAUAACCGCAUGCAAGCCCUCAUCCGGAACGAGCCCAUCACGCCUCUUAUCGGCAAGGUGCGAAGCCUGCACAAGGAKCACGGAGUCAGCACCAUCACAGUAAUUGGCGGACUUGGGGACUGGCUCGCAGUUGCGGAUCGUGUUGUACUGAUGGAGUCAUAUUCCCCCAGUGAUAUCACUCUGCAGGCCAAGAAGGUGGUUCAGCACUUCCCAAGUGUUGUUCAAGAAGACAAGUCUUACGGAUCGAUUCCUAAACGAGUAUUGAGAAUCGAUUUGCGGGCUACGAGACUGCCCAUGGCGCCCAGGAAGGACUUCAUUAGCAUGAAUCCGCAGGUCAAAGAUGCGGCGGACGAUCCGUCCAAGGAUGUAAGCGGUAUUGACUUGAGCGGACUGGAUCAGAUCGUUGAAGUGGGACAAUCUCGUCUCCUUGCGACUCUCCUACAGCGAGUGGACUCAAGAACCGCGGGAAACGCCUUGACUUUUGCCGAGAUGUUUGAGGCCAUGGAGGACGCGGUUGGAGUGGACAAGUCCUUGCCUAUUUCCCUGAUUGGAGGAGACUUGGUGGCUGUUCGUCGCUUCGAAGUUGCUGCUGCUCUUUCACGUAUCCGUGGAAUGGCUUUGCGAGUCGACAAGUCUAUCGAGUGA